UGUCAUCAGUUUGUUUCUUCUUCUUUAACUACGCAAGCCGCUCUAUCCCUUUUAUUUCGCCGUGUUAGAAAGCCAAGAAGCCACUUCACGUGAACGUAAUUGUGAAUAAAAUUUCAAAUGUGCCCUCGUCGAUCUGCUGAAGAACUGUCGUUUCCGAUAACUCUUCGCAAAGUGACUCUCAAGUGACGUGUGCGCGUCGCAUCUUUCUCCAUUCUCAUCCUUCCGCUAGCUGUCGUGUCAACUCUUGAUAUCGUGUUGCGAGACUUCGAGCAUUCUUCGAAGAAAUCGUACAUGGACUGCGGAUCGUAACAACAAACUUGUGCACCGCAAAAAAGGUCUUGAUUGUGCCAAAGUGAAUUUCCUUAAAUGAUUUCUCUCAUAUAGUUUAAAGUUUGAAGACAAACCGACGCGUUUGAUGGAAUUUAUCGUGUUUCCAUAAAAUUAUAAGGAUACAUGUGAUCACCAAAUUGCUAUCGUAAGAAGCGCCAGUUACACUUGAGUGACAAAUUUAAACAUUUCGAAGAACGUAUUAUACGAGAAUAAAAAAAGUUUGUGCCAAAGACAAAUAGUGUAAAUAGAAAUGUGAUAAAUGAUGAGGAACAAACUUUGAUGAAGAUGAAAUGCGAAGCAUGAGAAUCAAGCUUUCCAAAAGGUUCACGACUAUUUUUGACAACGUUUAAACAUCCAUGUGAACUUUCUCACAAGAAUGGAGCAGACUGGAAGAAAUAAAACGAAGUAUACUUCACCGCAUACAUCUACGUGGUCCACUAAGCAAACCACUGAUGCUAGAGUUCCGCCUGAUGCAUAUUGGAAAUAUACUCAAAGAAGUAAUCAAGACGCUACUGAUAAAAGUACCAGACGCCACCAGAGUCCUAUGCCAGAGUCAACGGUGAGCUAUUAUUCUUCCGCAAAUUCCUACAAGACUUCUAAACAUCAUAGCUAUCCGCGUUCGACACAUCCGAAACAAACAUCUGCUCUUCAUAUGGAAGCACCACAGCGAUAUCAACAAACUACUAUGAAAUCUAAUAGAAACAAAGAUUAUAUCAGUAACAUCGCUGUCUUAAAUAAAGAUCGACAUAAGGACCAGCAAGAAAACGAGAACGAUGCAAGAUACAUCGAUGAAGAACCAGGAAACUUUACAGAAGACAACCUAGAGGAUGAUCCUGAAGAGGAAGCCGAAAACGAUCAAGAGACAAUCGGUGAACUGUUUAACAAGGAAUACGAUGAGCAAGAAGCAGAUGAUGAGGUAGAUGAAGAAUCUGAUGCACCUGCCGAGUCACACGAAGCGCAACGAGACGCAGCUAAGAAAGAUGCAUUGCGACGAGCACAGCAACGAUUGCAAAUAAUUAAUCAGCAACAAGAUCCGCAUAGAAUUCGUUAUCAGCAUUCAUCAAAGUCGUAUCAAGCUCAUCCUUUAGCAACAAGGUAUUAUCAUCGCAUACCCGAUCAUGACAUUCACGAAGCGUUGUCGGAGGAAGACCUGUACGCGACUCAAAUUUUGAAAAAUCCUCCUCGGCGAUCAUCAGCGGGCUAUUAUCAAAAUUGGAUUACGCAAAGGAAUUCAGCUGAUCGAUAUGAUACAAUGACUUCGACAACGCAACCGAGUCACCGAGUGCGGACGAGACCGGAGCUGAAGUCUUUUGCAGAAGCAGAAUUUGUCGAUAGGAGAAAGUGUAGCCGCUGCGGUAACGUCUCGGUCAGGAAACUGUCAACUUCGAGAAGGGACAAUGGCAGAUUCCAGAAUAACCCUAAUUUCUCGACUAAAGAACAUUUUAGUAAGCGAAUUACAAAGCUAUUAGACGAUGGUAUUGAAAUCCUCGAUCAAUCGUGGUGUGGUAAUUGUAAACCAAAACACCAUCUUGAUGAAACCACAGGAACUUACGAGAGUCCAUCACCGCAAUUAUACUCGAUGAAACCGCGACGCUCCAGAGACAUUAACAUACCAAUGCACGAAACAUUAGAAGGAAAACACAUGAUUAACGAGUUAUCGCACGAAUAUGCACGGAUUCCACCUAGAUAUACCAAAGAUAUGCCAAAUAUUUCACGGGAUAAGAUAAAACGCUCUGUGCAGACAACGCAAGGUGUAACCAAGAUGCCCAUUCGUUAUGAUCCUUAAAUAGCUUUUUUCCAAAUUUUGUUAUUUUUAUACGUCUAAGUAAAAAAAUAAGCAUUUUGAUAUUUUACAAACGAAAUCUGUAAAUUUUUAUUCUUAGAUAUUUGUCUUCUAACAAUCUUGAGAAAUCUGUCAUUGACAUCUGCUUCAUGUUUACAGAAAUAUAAUAAUUUUUGCAAUAAAAUACUUUUAAAUAAUUUUUAAAAGUAACUCACUACAUUACAAUAAAAAUCGCUGCAUAUUAAUGAAAAUGUUAUAACAUCUUAUUGCUUUAUAAGAGAGUAAGAUACUUACAAGCAAAGUGGUUUUCUAAAUGUGCACGUUGCUAUUUCGAGAAUAUCUGUCAUUGAGUCGUAGUGUCAACACUUUAAAUAUGACGAGAAACCUGAAAGAUUCCCAUAGAAGUUAUUGAGAAUAUAAUGUAAUAAACGCAACGAGAGAGAUGCUACUGCACCUUGUAACAAUCACAGACGCUACAAUAAUACUUCUAUUCACGAUAAUAUCUCUUCUACCGGUUAUCCAACAUAUAUUUUUGUAACUGUCUUUCGAAUCGUGUAGGUGUAUACUCUGUGUAGUAUGAUAAGAAAAUUAUGUCACAAAGAAGAAACUUAGUUGCACAAUGUACAUACAUACAAACUGAGCAAAGCCAAUAGAACUGUAUGAUGUCGAAGCGAAUUAACAUCUUCUUUCCUGUAGUAACUUCAGAGAGGUAAACUUCACUUUAUGUCUUUUGGCACUGGCGCACAAAAUCAAUUGUAAAUACGUGAUACUAUUAUAUAAUGAAUUAUACGAUAGACGUACGCGUACAUGUUAAACGGAGAAUAAACUCUCAAUCUGUACAUUGAAUAUAAA